CCGCAUCUGGUGAAUGUCCAUCGUGCAAACGCGCCACCAUCUAGACUCGACUCUUUUGCUAUUAUUCAACUCUCCGUCAGACAACACAUUAUGGACACGAUCAACGUCUUGGUUUCGUCCUUCGCGGGCUUGUCGCUGCCUCGUACCCUGUCACUUCCUGUGCCAGCCGACACAUCCAUCGCGUCCUUCACAUCACUUCUGUCAACCCGCCUACCGCCCUACGCCGAUGACCUACUCCUCUCGACAACAACACUUCGUAUCAACACCGCAUCAGCCUCGACAAUCAAGUCCCUCCUCUCCAACAAUGACGACUCCAAUAUCCUUCCCCUUCACCUUAGCGCACGCCUUCUCGGUGGAAAAGGCGGUUUCGGCUCUCAACUCCGCGCGGCAGGCGGUCGCAUGUCCUCACGCAAAAACCGCAACCGCAAUCCCGAUCAAAUAAACGGCAGUAACCGCAAUCUCGACGGCCGUCGUCUUCGCACAAUCACAGAAGCAAAGAACCUAGCCGAGUACCUCGCCCUGAAACCAGAAAUGGAUAAAAAGGAAAGAGAAGAGAGAAGGAAAAGAUGGGAAUCCGUUGUAGAGGCUGCGGAGAGGAAAGAGGAGGAGUUGAAGAGGGGAAAUAGGAAUGCCAGGUUGGAUGGUGAGUGGGUGGAGGCUAAAGAAGAGGCCGAGCAAAAGACUAGGGACGCUGUGUUGGCUGCUAUGAAGGCUGGUUUGAUUGAGGGUGAGAAGCCUGUGUUGGAAAGGACUGGCAGCGAGAGUUCAGCUGCUGAGGGAGAGGGCAGCGAUGCUCAACCUGAGGCCUCGAGCUCUGCAUCCAGCGACAACGAUGAUGUACGAGUUUCCAAGCCUGCUCCAGCUGCACCGGCUACCACUCGUGCCUUUUUUGGCUGGGAUGACGAGGACGACGAGUUCAUGAGUGAUGACGAAGAGGAUGAAGAUGCCCCUGCCGAGCCUGAUGCCACGCCUGUCUAUGAAGGUAAAGGCAAAGCCAAGGCAUGAUUUCGAUUCAAGCACGAUUUUCGCAUUCAUUUUAUCCAUUUGUUUACAGGACCAAGGGAGUCUUCUUUACACAAGCGAGCGAGUUCAGGCGUCUUUUGAAUGGUACACUUUUUUCUCUUAUCCAACUAAACAUCUGAGUCAAGUCAUACAAAUCUUUACCGUCA